GAGAUGUCUGCCCAGAGGUUAGUUUCUAACAGGACAUCCCAUCAAUCUGCAUCUAAUUCUGAUUACACCUGGGAAUAUGAGUAUUAUGAGAUUGGACCAGUUUCCUUUGAAGGACUGAAGGCUCACAAAUAUUCCAUUGUGAUUGGAUUUUGGGUUGGUCUCGUGGUCUUUGUGAUUUUCAUGUUUUUUGUGCUGACUCUGCUGACCAAGACAGGAGCCCCACACCAAGACAAUGCAGAGUCUUCGGAGAAAAGAUUCAGAAUGAACAGCUUUGUGUCAGACUUUGGAAGACCACUGGAACCAGAUAAGAUCUUUUCUCGACAGGGCAAUGAGGAAUCCAGGUCCCUCUUUCACUGCUACAUCAAUGAAGUGGACCACUUGGACAAGGCCAAAGGUGGUCUCCAGACCACAGCCCUCGACAGUGAAGUUCAACUCCAGGAAGCCAUCAGAUGCAGUGGGCAGCCAGAGGAGGAGCUGAACAGGCUCAUGAAAUUUGACAUCCCCAACUUCGUCCACACGGACCAGAACUCCUUUGGGGAAGAUGAUCUCCUGAUUUCAGAACCGCCUAUUGUUCUAGAAAAUAAGCCAGUUGCCCAGACCUCACACAAAGACUUGGAUUGA